CUCGAAGCAGAACCAAUACAAUGGGUAUGGCAGGAACAUGUCUGGGAGCCCCACAUGCUGCGGUUGCAGUUGCUGUUGCGGUGGUGGCUAUGGCGACGGUGUGUUGCGGGUAUCCGUAUGUGGGCGGCAAUGCGCAGCGGAGCGGAUUCAUUUCUGCCCCGUCGCACCGCCAGCAGCCGAACAUGACGUGGGCGUACAACAACGUGAACGGGCACUCGUUUGUGCAUGUGCCUGUGGUGGAUGCCGCAGGAGGAAUGGCAUAUACGACCUCGGCGGAUGGCUUUAUCUACGGCAUCGACAUGGCUACCGGGAGCGAGGUCUUUGAGGCGUGCGUCGGCACGCCGCCCGACUUUCCGGCGAUCCGUGCGAGAACACUGGGUUCAAGGACAACCCGUUUGGCCAGCUGACGAUGGUCGCCAACGGCAACGCGUCGACAGGCAAUGCGGUGGUGGUGAUGCGGAAGCCGCGCGGUGCGGCGCAGGAGAUGGUGGCCAUCGAUGGCGGGUCCGGAGAAGUCCUGUGGCGACACAAGCUGUACCAGGGCGGCGAUCCAACGUCGUGGGGUGUGUUCCUUUCGCUGCCGGCGGUGGUCCACGAGGCUGAGACCGGGCUGGAACUGGUGGUGGUCUGGGUCAAGGAUACCCAGGUGGCGAGCGGGAUCGGAGCGGUGCUGACGGUGCUCGACGGCGCCAGCGGGGCGGUGGUGGCGGCGACGACGUACCUCACUCCGCAGGAUCGGGUCUUUGCGCCGUUUGUGGUCGAUCCGAGCGACCAAACGCUCAUCGGGCAGUAUGUGAACGACGUGCAGCCCGAGUGUGGCAGGUCGUACGGGCAGUACAUGAAGUGCACCGGGCUGGGCAAGUACUCGCUUCGCGGCGAGAGCGUGAUGUGGAAUCAGACGAUGCAGGACGCGUUCACGUAUCGAAUGCUUGCGCUGGAUGCGGCGCGCGGAGUGGUGCACGUCCCGGGCUCGACGCAGUACGCAUACUCGUACACGGACGACGGACGGAUCCGGUGGAAGAUCAUGGCGGCACCGUCGACGGGCGGCAUCUUUGCGCCGACGGUGUGCCCGGACGGGACGGUGGUGUAUGUCAACGACGAGAACGAGAUCACGGCGUGGGAUACAAGCGUGCGGCGGCCAAAGAAGCCGAUCUGGCAGCAGGGCUGCUCCACAGAGUGCCCGCCACAGGCCACAGUUGUGACGGACGGGACGUUGUACCUGAUGGAGGCCAACUCGGUGGUGGCGCGGAGCUGUGCGACCGGCGACGUGCUGUGGACCAUCAACUACGGCUCCGGCUACUCGUUUACCAACACAGUGGCAGUGGCGCCAGAUGGAGCCCUCUACGCCAACGUGUACCAUCCGGGAGUGGGCGGGGCGCUGAUCAAGCUGGAGUGAGGUCGACGACGCUGUGCACGCGGGAAUAAAUGGGUCAGUUUUCAUC